AUGGCAAAAACAAAGCCAGAAGGUCCAAACAAAAAAAUUUCAGAAGUACCAACGUCUCGUACCAGAAAAUCCAAACUCAAUUUCUCCUCUGGAAUCUUAAAGAUAUUACUAAUUGUGUUAUUGGCUGAGUUUUGUGCAUGGGCAUAUCAAAAAACUCAGCCACCACCUCCCAAGAAGCUGGGAUCUCCGGAUGGACUUCCUCUUAUAUCCGAAAGAAUAACGCUUCGUGAUGGAAGACAUUUGUCGUAUAAAGAAUUUGGUGUUCCAAAAGAUGUUGCCAAAUCUAAAAUAAUAUACUUUCACUGUUUCGGGUGUAGCAAGUAUCAUGAUCCUCUUGCUUCAGCCUCACUGGCCCUGAUUGAAGAAUUAGGAGUGUACAUUGUUGAAAUUGAUAGGCCUGGAUAUGGAGAGAGUGACCCCGACCCCAAACGAACUGUAAAGAGUUUGGCAUUGGAUAUCGAGGAGUUGGCUGAUCAUUUGAACUUGGGACCAAAAUUCUAUGUGGCUGGUUUCUCUAUGGGUGGGCAAGUUAUCUGGUCAUGUCUUAAGUAUAUUCCUCACAGGCUAGCAGGAGCAAUUCUUAUUUCUCCGGUGAUUGAUUACUGGUGGCAUAACCUCCCUUCAAACUUAACAAACGAAGCAUAUUCUCGGCAACUUAAACAGGACCAAUGGUCUAUGCGUGUUGCUCACUACUUACCGUGGCUGACCAAUUGGUGGAACACCCAAUCAUGGUUUCCAGGUUUUUCUAUCAUUACCGGAAAUCCUGCCAUUUAUACUCCAGCAGACGUAGAUGUUAUAACAAAUCUACUUGGUGUCGUUGAUCAAAAGCAGGCAGAGCUGAUGCAAUCACACCCAACACAACAAGGAGAAUUCGAGUCAGUCCAUCGUGACUUGAAUAUUGGAUUUGGGAAAUGGGAAUUUGAUCCAAUGGAUCUUGAGAAUCCAUUUCCAAACAACAAUGGAUCAGUUCAUUUAUGGAUGGGUGAUGAAGAUUUGAUUGUGCCCGUUACAUUGCAACGUUACAUAGCGCAACAUCUCGGAUGGGUCAACUAUCACGAAGUUACCGGUGGCGGACACAUGUUUCCGUUUGCCAAUGUGGCGAGCGAUGCUAUUCUUGAAGCACUUCUUAGCAAAAGUAAUUAA